CAUCCUUCAUUUUGGAGUUGAAUGCAUUAGGAGCAGAAAAGAAGUUGUUCCGCCUCUUCAGAGUUACCACCAGAAUGGCUGCUGCUUCAGCUCUUUUCUUGAUGAUGACCGUGUUCGUCUUUGUUGGUCUGCAGUGUUCUCCGGUGACGGGGUUCGACUACCAAGUCGGAGGGGCCGAUGGCUGGGUCGUCCCUCCUGCGAAUGACAGCAAGGUCUACAAUGACUGGGCUUCCGAGAACCGGUUCCGACCUGGCGACACCCUCCGCUUUAAGUACAAGAAGGAUUCGGUGAUGGAAGUGAGCGAAGCUGAGUACAAGAAGUGCAAUUCCACCCGUCCGAGCUUCUUCUCCAACACUGGUAACACGGUCUAUGCUCUCAACCAGUCGGGGCCUUUCUACUUCAUCAGCGGAGUCUCUGGCCACUGCCAGAGGGGACAGCGCAUGAUCGUGAAGGUGCUGUCUUCCGAGGAGUCCGAGGCAAGCAGCGGAAGUAGAAGUUCGUCAUCCUCCUCUCCUUCUUCUGCUUCCUAUGCUUCCUAUGCUGCUGAUUUCUCUAAGCUCGGGUUCCUUCUGUAUGUUCUGUCCUAUGUUGCUUCCCGUCUGUUCUAGUUUUCUUUGUAAGGUUCGGCACUGCUUCAGGUGUUCCGUGUCUUUUCUAGUCUUCAGUUUGUCCAUUUUGUUUAUCCGUAGGUCUGGAUAUUACAAGAACUUUGUUUCAGAUUGUUCUGUUACGUACCGCUUGAAACUACUAUGAUGAUAGUAUUGUUCCAC